CACACUCGCUAACCAAUAUGACUUGAAAAUAUUGUCAUAGAUACAUUGUUAAAUAAAUAAAUAACUUGUACUCUUACGAUGUACAAUUAUUUUAGUUUGUAGGGGGGUUAGGCUGCAUUAGGACAUGGACAACUUAAAUUUAUAUGAAGUUCUCGGAGUGGCUCCGGAUGCAAGCGACGAGGAAAUAAAGAAGAAUUACCGAAAAUUGGCCAAAGAAUUCCAUCCAGAUAAGAAUCCCGAUGCAGGCGACAAAUUCAAGGAAAUAUCCUUCGCUUACGAAGUACUGUCAGAUCCCGAGAAGCGGCGUAUCUACGACCGUUACGGACUAAAGGGCCUUCAGGAGGGCGCAGACGGAUUCUCAGAUGCUUCCGAGUUCUUUGCCCAGUGGUUUCCGUUCGAAAGAGUCUCAACCGGGGGAAGGGGCAGGCGAGAGGGCAAGGUCGUCAUUAAGGUGGAGUUGACGCUGGAGGAGAUCUACAUCGGUGGAAUGAAGAAGAAGCUAGAGUACAAGCGUCAGAAGUUGUGCUCCAAGUGCAAUGGAGACGGGGGACCCAAGGAGGCUCGCGAAAGCUGUGAGGCAUGCGGCGGAGCCGGCAGGGCCGCCGCCUUCACCUUCAUGGGUCUCAGCCCCUUUGAUGCGACCUGUCCAGCUUGCGAUGGUCGCGGUUUCACCAUAAAGGAAGACAAGAAGUGCAGUCCUUGCCAGGGUAGCGGUUUCGUGGAGCAAAAAAUGAAACGAGACCUGGUCGUCGAGCGGGGUGCACCGCACAUGCUAAAGGUUCCCUUCACAAACGAGGGCCACCAGAUGCGAGGCGGCGAGUACGGGGACCUGAUUGUAAUCAUCGCCCAGAAGGAGCACACACUUUUUCAACGUCGCCAUGCCAAUUUGUACAUGCAAGAUUUAGAGAUUAAUAUCACGGAGGCGUUGUGCGGCUACAAACAUUGCUUUAAGCACCUAGAUGGUCGUAAUGUUUGCUUACGCACGAACCCGGGCGAAGUCCUGCAGAACAACCAAAUAAAAAUGGUGCGGGGCAGCGGAAUGCCUGUAUUUAACAAGGCCACCGAAAGCGGAGAUCUCUACAUGAAGUUUAAGGUUAAGUUUCCCGACAACGACUUUGCCACAGCUCCGCAGCUGGCCAUGCUAGAGGGCUUACUACCCCCUAGACCGCAGGUAGUGAUUCCCAAAAACGCUGAGGAAGUGCAGAUGACGGACUACAAGCCGCAGCCAAGGCAGCAUGAAGAGGAUGAUGGACAGUCACCACAUUUCGAGGGCGUGCAGUGCCAGACGGCUUAGUGCCUGUGGUUGUGGCUCCUUCAGGCGCGGUUUCUCUGCCUCGAUCUGUGGCUGAUCCUGGGCACAUUCGGCGUAGAUGAAGUCUGCUUCCUGGUGCCGCUGCUCGUCUUGAUAUGCAUAGUAUUAUUUUUCAUACAGGAAUGUUUGCUGUGAAAAGCACGUGAUCUAAAUUCGUAGUACACAUUAUUAUCUGAGACUCAAGCUUAGCUGAUUUGAUCUUCAAUAGGAGUGUCAUUAAAACACAUUAGCCACGCAAAAUUAAUUGUAUGCUAACACUAUUAACUACAUAUUUAUUAUUUUUUUUAGCUGAACUUUCCCCCUAAUAACAAUAAACAAUUACAUAUAUCACUGUAUAAGGGAUAAAUCUUCUCGUGUUAGGAUUAAA